AUGGCCUCGGGCUCUGCUUCUCCCCGAUCCUUUCUGCCGAGCCCCCCCGGUACAGGUCGGGAAAAUGGGUCCAGAGAGCGGCUGCACAAGCUUCCUGAAAUCCAGAGCUCCACCAACAUCCAACCAAGACCUCCAGUGGUUCAAGACCCCCUGGCUGUACUAAAAAGACGUGUUAAAAGGAAAGAACCCAGCCUCGAACACAUAAAAGACAUGAAGCGGAUGUAUUUUCCAGGCUGGAACACUCAGACGCCUUAUCAACCGCAACCAGAACAGCCACAAAGACCUAGAGAAAAAAUGCCUGUCCAUCUCCCUCCUCUGAAAUCCAGGACUAAGAUGGCACCAAAAACGGAGUCAAUCCCUACUCCCCCCAAAAGGCCUUUUUCCAUCAAGAGCACUGGUAUUAUGGACACUCACACCAAUGUAGUCUAUGAGUACAGUAAGGAGGACUUUCUGAUGAUAAGUCCUGAAGGUGUGGUAACAAUUUACGAGAACAAGGUCGACUUCAUAACCACCGCACGCUGGGAAGAAGAGUAUAACUACCACUGCAAGCUCAUCCGGAUCCCCUUCUUCAUCCGCUUUAAUCUGUGGAAACCUUUCUACGUCUGGCACAGCAAAGUACAGGCCAAAAAGAUUCACUCGGUCAAGGAGUCCCUCCAAAGAAGAUUAUGUAUUGUCAAUGAGUGUCUAGGUCCUGCACUGAUAGACAUAAAGAAAAUGUGUUACCAGAUCAGUGAUACGGGCUUGUGCCACAUAGAGAAAGAACACAUUUACACACUGCAGGGGUUCCGGGAAUUCCAGUUCAAACAACUGCAAGAGGUGAAGAAUGACUUGGAGAAGUUUCAGGACCUGGUGAAGGAAGUGACGAUUUGUGCGUGUCGCAACUACUUGAAGUGCAUACCCAAAGAGGAAGAUGAAGAUGACAAUGAAUUUCUUGCUGGGAUCAACAAGACUUUUCACUCCACCCGUGUCAUCUGCUUCAUACGUCUUGUUGACUUUUUAGUCGUUGACACCUUGUAUAUCUUAGUGGCCAAUGCAAUGGCCAAACUGCUAUCUGUGCUCAAGGAGCAGGUACAGCAAACGCCCAGCCAUGAUGUUAUUCAGAGCUGGAGCCAGCACUGUGAGGUUGCCACGGACACCACAAAGGAAGAGAUGGAUAAGAAGCCUGGCCGUGUCCAACCUAUGUUCAUCACUGAGCUGAUCCUGGAGCCUAACAUGUUGACCUACAAACCCUCUGAGGAGAACUUCCAGGAGACUAUCAAAGAGGUCAUCGGGUGGUUUGAGAAAACUGUGAAGUCGGUCAAUGUGCUCACGGCAGAUCCCGAUUUUGAUUCAAUGACAGAGGCCAGAGCUGACGAGCAUAAAUAUGUGGAUGACCAGUGUGUAGAAUCCAUCAUUGAGAGUGAUGACAACCUUCAAAGCGUCAUUCAGAACAUCGAGGAGUUGCUCCAGUUUGCCUUUGAUGCGGCAAAAGUGUACUCACGCACAUUCGAGCAUUUUCAGUUGUUCUUCAAAGAGAAUGAGGCUCUGGAUCUGGAUGCGAUGCGGCAACAGGAUAAUGGUUUGUCCUUCUUUGGGAAAGCGCUGGAGUUACACCACAGUCAGCAUAAAGAGGCCGCAGCCAUCCAACAGAAAACACAUCUUGGAUUACUGCUGGUGGACAAAACAAAGCUCAAAGAUAAGCUUGUGUCUUCCCCGCUCCGCUGCCUGGAGGUCAUCAACGAGGUAGUUACCCAGCUGGCUAAAGAAGAAGCUGGACGCUGUCAUCGCCGAAAGCUUAGGCUGAUUGCCUUUCUGGCAUGCGCCGCUUUGGUACGAAGAGAGCCUGACCUGCAAAAACAAACAAGUCGACGUCCAUGUCCAGGGAUAUCUGUAACAGACCUCAUCCAGCAGAAGGUGGACACCAGGUCUAACUUUGAGUGGCAGCGGCAGCUACGCUACUACUGGGACCUGGACCAGGACACCUGUGUCGCCAAAAUGGCUCUGUCCACUUACAUCUAUGGCUAUGAAUACCUGGGAGCCUGUCCUAGACUGGUUAUCACACCACUCACUGACCGUUGCUACCUGUGUCUGAUGGGAGCUCUCCAGCUGGACCUGGGAGGGGCUCCAGCUGGGCCAGCGGGGACGGGCAAAACAGAGACCACCAAGGACCUCGCUAAAGCUAUGGCUAUUCAGUGUGUGGUCUUCAACUGCUCUGACGGACUCGACUACAAGAUGAUGGGGCGCUUCUUCAGUGGGCUUGCUAUGUCCGGUGCUUGGUGCUGUUUUGAUGAAUUCAACCGAAUCGACAUUGAAGUGUUGUCUGUCAUCGCUCAGCAGCUUAUAACUAUACGGAACGCCAAAGCUGAUAAGCUGUCCAAAGCUUCAUUUGGGGCCGGGAGAUCAGCGUGA